AGUUUGAAUAUCUUACUAUUUAAGUAAGUGCAUGAGAAUGUGUUAGUUUGUUAUUUUAUGUCGACAAUAAUGAUCAGGAAAUAUCUCGUGUUCCAGAACGAAAUGAGUUAUGUUAUCUCCCUCACGUGCAUUUUAAUAGUGGGUAUCACUUUAAGUGAGGCAGCGACAGUACAGAAAGACAGCGAGUGCGGCAAGACGGUUGGAUGUUUUCACGAUUGCUCGGGCGUCACGUGUAGUUUUCUUCUCACGUGGAUAGAGAAGGGAAGUGACAUAGAGCUGACGCUAACAUGCGCGAGAAGCGAGACAGAUCCUUACUGUGCCAUAGGUCUUUCAGAUGACACGGAAAUGGGCGAUGACAGUGUGUUUGAAUGUCUCUCCACUAGUGGAACAUCUAAUAUCUACGUCUCGCACAAUUCGGACGACAAAAAUAACAUACGACUAGAUCAGAACCAGUACGGAUUGUCUGCUAUCAAUACAUCAUAUAGUAACGGGCAGUUGAAAUGUUCGUUUUUGAGACGUAAAACCUUCAAUACGGUAACAGGCCGCAAGAAACGUGCUGCUCCCAGUGCAAGUAACUUCUUCGACAUGGACACAGACUGGUAUUUACUGUAUGCUCAUGGACCAAACGUUGGAGGAGCUAUCCGCUAUCACACGUCACCACCGCUUGUAUCCACGGCAAAAGCAGAUUUUCAAAGCACAGUCGACAUCAGCGCUACCGCUAUAAAACGACCACUUGUUAAAGCCCAUGGCAUUUUAAUGGUGUUUGCCUGGACAUUGUUUUCAACACUAGGGGUAUUUGCCGCACGUUUCUAUAAAACAGCAUGGCCAGAACAUGUGGAAUGGUUCGGUGUUAAACCUUGGUUCACGAUACAUAGGACGUGUAUGGUGUGCGUGUUAGUUCUUACACUGAUAUCUUUCAUCAUGAUUUUUGUUGACGUUGGCGGAUAUGUCACUAUAGUUGGAACAACCUUCAAGAAGUCACAUCCGGUACUUGGAAUCAUAGUCAUGGCUCUUGUCAUUCUUAAUCCUGUCAUGGCUUUCUUCCGUCCUAAACCAGGGACAACAAAAAGAUUUAUUUUCCGAGUGGCUCACACCUUUGUGGGAGUAGCUGGACAGAUCAUGGCGGUUAUUAACAUGUUCUCUGGAGUCAUCUUGAAUACUUUAGAAAUAUCUUCUGCCGCUGUGAUAUUGUUGGGUGUAUUUUGUGGAUGGACAUUCGUUGUUGAAAUCGGUCUUUUACUCUACGAUUGGUAUUUGAGCCAGAAAAGUAAAAGGACGCACGAGUUUGAGCUCCAGAAUUCAGGGAAUGCAGUUCCAGGGAAAGAUGCUAAAACUAGCGACUACAAUAUGUUGAAGAUGGCCAUGUUAGGUUUCCACAUCGUUGCGCUGACAGCAUUUUCAGCAACAGUCUCUGCUCUAAUUGGAUCAGCGGAAUAAUAACAACAACAACAACGACGACGAUGACGACAAAAACAACAGCAAAACAUAACGACAUCAAAAUCCUCAACAGCAGCGAUAACAAUAACAUAUUUCAUAUUUUUGUUAUUCAUAAAUUUCUUGGACUUUAUUCUUAAAAUCUACAUAAAUUAAGAUAAAAUCGAAGCGUUACUAUGGACUGAUGAUAUAUAACAUCUUUGUAAUAUAAGAAGAUGUGAAGUAUUUUGAGGUCAUUUUUAUUAGGAGGAAAGUUUGUAUUUGUCCUAGAACCUUGCAGAGUUGCUUUUUCCUACCUGCCUGUCUCAUCUCUGUUGUUUCUCCGAUGAAAAUGUAUUCAAUAACUUCAUUGCUGGAUAUGGAAGUUUUUCAAAACUUGCUCUAAAACACGUACACAAAAACAAACCCUAUAACAAACAGAGAAACUGAUAGCGAACAAC